AUGUACAAAGCUGCUGCGAUCACGACUGAAGGCAGCAGGAAUUGUACCUGGAUGCUGGGCACCCAUGGGGUCUCGACCCAUCACAAGCAGACAGGGCAUCCUCGAAUUUCUCAUGGUGCAUCCCAGCUACUACGCCACAUGUUGCCCGUCAUCAUCAUCAAAAAAAAAAAAAAAAAAAACCUCCCCAGCCAACCCGGAGCUCUGGUCACCAGCGCCGCCAGUCCUGCGCCGCCAGUCCUGCGCCGUCACGCCCAGCUGAGCUAG